AUGGUCCUCCUCCGGCCGAUGCUGCGCACGCUGCAGCGCAGCUCUCCCCGCCUCUUCUCCUCUGCUGCCACGGCUGCGUCCUCCAAGCCCAAGCCCCCCCCGUUCGCGCGCUACUUCUGGUACACGACGGCCAUCAUGAUCGGCAUCCCCGGUGCAGUGGGCGGCGUGUUCGUGUACAACCUGCAGACGGACGACGAGUUCUACAACCACUUCAACGACCGGUACCCGGACCUGAUCGACGCCAUCAACCAGUACGUCCCGCUGAACGAGGCGCUGCUGGAGCUCGCCAGCCGCGAGGACAUUGGCCCCAUCGGAUCCACGGAGGACCUCAUCAACGAGACGGUGACGGUGGUGGCGGAGCUCAAGUCGGGCGAGAAGGUGCGCUUUGAGGUGUCGGGCUCGGCCAGUCAGGAGGAGAUCGAGAAGCUCGCGUUGAAGCAGUCGGCGCAGCCCGAGAACGACGGCGUGGUCGCUGUCACUUUCGCUGAAGAAGGAGAGGCUGAAGACGAGAGCUCUGCUUCCAAGCAGGCGGCGCCCACGGCCCACGAGGCCUGGCCGCCCGCACCUCGUGUGACGUGGGGCAGCGCUGCAGCCGCGCAGAAGAAAAACAAGAAGCCCGUGGACUCGGCCAAGGAGAUCCGUCUGCAGAUCGAGGAGAUCCGCGCUCAACAGGCGGCGCUGGAGGAGUCCAAGUACGCGGGACGCGACAUUGACGAAGCGGACGAGGAGAUUGCCGCCCUGGAGGAACGCAAGAUCGCACUCAAGGAGCAGCUUCCUCGCAAGCGGUUCCUGUGGAUCUUUUAGAAGUGAUAUGGACAUAACCAGCUACGCAUGUAUUGAACUUUUGCAUGAUGAU